AUGUUUUUUUUAAUUAUCAUUUUAUAUAUUUUACCACAAAGUUUAUGUAAAAUUAUUGAUAAAGUAGAAACACCUUAUGGUAAUAUAAGUGGAACUGAAAUUAAUGUAUUAGGAGAAAAAAUAACAGAAUAUCUAGGAGUUCCAUAUGCUUAUCCUCCAAAAAAUAAUUAUCGAUUUAAAAAACCAGUUGAAUUAAAAAAACCCUCAUGGAAUGGUACUUAUAAUGCAAUUACAUUAGCAAAUGCUUGUCCACAAAUUGUUAGAUUUAUGAAUUUUAGUGGAUAUGAUGCAUCAAAUCCAAAAAAUGCUACAAAUGAAGAAUGUCUUCAAUUUAAUAUGUGGGUUCCAAAAGGUAAAAAUUUACCUGUCUUAGUAUUUUUCCAUGGUGGUAGUUGGACAUUGAGAACAGCUUCUGUAGAUAAAUUUAAUGGUUCUGUUCUAGCUUUAAAAACAAAAUCAAUAGUUGUUACACCAAAUUUUAGAUUGGGUUUUUUUGGUUUUGCUUAUUUAGGUAAUGGAUCAAAAAUUUCAGGAAACAUGGGAUUAUUGGAUCAACAAAUGAUGUUGAAAUGGAUAAAUAUGGCAAUUGAACCAUUUGGUGGAGACAAAAAUAAAGUAACAAUAUUCGGGACAAGUUCUGGUGCUUCAUCUGUUGCAGCACAUUUAUUUUCUGAAGCUAGUAAACCAUACUUUAUUAGAGGAAUUAUGAGUUCAGGAACGAUAACACAUUUUAUGAGUACAAUAUCUCCUAAAUUGGCAGAAGCAAAUACAAGAAAUGUUUCAACACAGUUAGGAUGUAAUGGUGAUGAUAAUAAAAUAUUGGAAUGUUUACAAAGUAAAAGUGUUAAUGAAUUGUUGAUUGCUGCAAGUAAAGCUAAACAACCAACUCAACCACCAAUACCAUUUUCAUUCAUACCUAUUAACUGUGAUGACGUUUUUUUUAAAGGAUGUAUAAAUGAUAAGAUAAUAAAAGAAAGUUAUAAUAAAGAUGUUGAUCUUAUAUUUGGAAAAACUAAAGAUGAAGCAACAUUUUUUAUGGCAACUGGUUUUACUAACAAUACUAUCUUUAAUUGCCAUUUUUAUCCAUUAAAAUCUAUUUCAGAUUUUGAAAAUGGUUGUAUUAUGAAUAAAACUAAUUUUGAAAAUUUGGUAAAUCUUGGAGGUAAAUUAUUACUUUUUGGAAAAAAUGAAAUACAUGAAUUAUAUAACAUUUACGAUAAACUUUCUUAUUUGACAUAUACUGAAAAAUCAAUAAGAAUUCUAUCUGAUUUUAUAUUUAAUUGUGAUUUAUCUGCUUUUGCUACAAAAUACUCCAAUUCAUCUUCAAAAAAUGUAUAUUUUUACACAUACACAAAAAGAUCACCAAUAAAUGUAUGGCCAAAAUGGACAGGAGCAAUGCAUGGAGAUGAUUUAAUUGAUAUAUUUGGUAUUCCAUUUAGACAUCCUGAGAAAUAUGAUGAAAAAAUAUUAGAAAAAGAAAAAUCUUACUCUGAUAAUGUUAUGUGGACAAUAGGAAAUUUUACAAGUACCGGUAAUCCCUCAUUAUAUUGGGAAAAAUAUACUCCUAAUAAUACAAAAUCUCUUGAUUUUAAUGGAAAAUUAGAUUUAAGUAAAACAUCAAAACAUGUUGAUGCUAUUCCUUCUACUUGUAUUGAAAUUAGCAAAAUUAUAAAAAAAUUGAUAACGGUAAAUUUUAAGGUAAAAACAACAUUAUUAUCAAUUGAAACAACUACAACAUCAUUAAAUUAA